AUGGAUGGUCUUAGUCACUGCGAUCACAAGAUUGACUGGUCUUCAUUUGAGGGCCUUGAAUCAGGCCCCGCAAGAGGCCUCUUCGGUUCUCAACCACAACCCAACGAUGAGGCAUCUGGUAUCGGCCUGAACGAAAGAGAGUCUCUGGAAGACCCGUUUCCCAAUGAUACAUCGCUAGACGAUAUCCUUCACUGCGACACUCUGGUCCCAGGAAUUGGCUGGGAUGACGACGACUUCUUUCUCCCCCAAGGUGCCUGGAGACCCCCGGAGCCCUGCACGUACUGCCGCCGUAUGCGCCUGCAAUGCUUCUCCCUGCAGACCACAGAUGCCAAUCCAAACCCAGUCACCUCUUGCUCCAGCUGUGUGGCUCUGUUCCGGCAAUGCAGUCUUGCAGAGCGACACAAGCGGCAGCCACAUCAAUACGAAACGAAUCGGCCCGUGAUUGACCAACUGCACGGGAUCAGAGAGGACGACGUCUUGCCCGGGAGCACCGACGGUCCUGAUUUUGACGAAUACGAACUAUUUUCACUGGACACCACUCGGCCCGAAUUAUCUGGGGCAUCCUCUAACACAAGUGAGAGAGCUGGUUCUCAUUCUCGCUCUGUCAAGCGAACGCGGCCGUUGAGAGAAUGGCUGGCCUGCAAUAUCUCCAAUCCAUAUCCAACAAAAGCAGACAAGGCCGACCUUGCAAGCCAGACUGGGCUGACAAAGACGCAAAUUAACAACUGGUUCCUGAAUGCCCGACGGCGGCAGCGCCAUUCAGACAGGGUGGUCGCUCAACGCAAGAUCCUACCGCAAGGAUCACCGAUGCCCAGCGUGUCACCGUUGAGCAUGAUGACUCCACUGGAUCGCUGGCGCUGCUCGCCUCCAGAUGAGGAGCCCAUAACCAUAUCUCCGGCCGCGCUGGAGAGCGCAUUGAACGACAGCUUCUACACGGACUCGCAGCCCGCGGGAAGUGCCGGCUACGCAUCGUCGUCUAUAAGCGGGGAUUCCUGGCUUCACAGCCAACCACAGUCCUUAUACACUUCAUCGAAUCCAGAUUCGACGGGCGAAUUCUGCCAUUCAAAUGACAGCAACUCCGUUAGCAGUCUGGGUACAAGCCAUGACGCGUUCACGCUACCCCCUUCAUCGACCCGAGCUUCAACUGCUCCAUCCAACCCAACCUUUCAGUGUACAUUUUGCGCGCGGACGUUCAAGAAGAGAUUCGACUGGCGACGCCACGAGCUAAGCGUCCAUAUGCCCAGACUCAACUCGUGGGCCUGUGCUGUCCCUUUAGCCCCCGACGAAUCGUUCGUGAUCUGGCGCACUGGCCAGGAGAGUCCCGAGUGCAUCUUCUGCGGCCAUACAUCUCCUACUGACGACCACUUCCGGUCGCACGAGCUCGACUACUGUUCCCACGGUCCUGGUGGUGGACGAGUCUUUAGCCGCAAAGACCACUUGUGGCAGCAUCUGUACAAGUUCCAUGGCUGUCGGAAGUGGGACGGGUGGACGCCGGAUUUGGCCUCGCUCAAGAAUAAUUCCGAUGCUAUCAAAAGCCGCUGUGGAUUCUGUGACGUGGGCAUGAUCAGUUGGAAAGAGAGGGAGCAGCAUAUGGCGGAUCAUUUCCUUAAGGGAGUCACCAUGGCCAGCUGGACGGGCGAACGUGGGGGGGUGGAACAAAGCCCGUAGGGCUGCCUUAGCUUAUUAGCAUUAAUAGUUCUGGUUCAAGCGUUGUAUCACACCCGAGUUACUACUCUUGCCACACGGCAUCAUCGUUCAGCUCUGGUUGUGAUAUAUAUAUACAUAGUUUAUC